UGUGAGUCUUGAAGGCAAGUUGAGGCAGUGUUUCAGAAAAGGCAUGGCCGGCGAAGUCUCCGGCCUCUCAACGUAUCUCCAAUUCAAUACCCGAACCCCUUUCGACCUCCCGAUUAGCACCUUCACCAUUACUUAUUGAACCAGGUUAUUGAAAAUUCUGAAGUCAUGGGUGAUGCAAUUGAUUUGACUGGAGAUGGAGGUGUUAUGAAGACAAUCUUGAAGAGUCCCAAACCUGAUGCAGCCGCUCCAUCAGAAAGCUUUCCUCUUCUUGAAGUUCAAUAUGAAGGAAUCUUAGCUGAAACUGGUGAAGUUUUCGAUACCACCCAUGAAGAUAAUACAGUAUUUACGUUUGAACUUGGAAAGGGAAGCGUAAUCAAAGGAUGGGAUGUUGCAUUCAAAACCAUGAAGGUGGGAGAAGUGGCUAAACUUACACUCAAGCCAGAAUAUGCUUAUGGCAGUGCUGGCUCUCCACCAGAUAUCCCUCCAGAUGCAACCCUUGUUUUCGAGGUUGAGUUGGUUGCUUGUAGACCAAGGAAGGGUUCCAGCGUGAGCAGCGCUUCAGAGGAGAGGGCUAGACUCGAUGAACUGAAAAAACAGAGGGAAUUAGCAGCCACGGUUAAGGAAGAGGAGAAAAAGAAGAGAGAAGAGGCUAAAGCUGCAGCUGCUGCUCGAAUCCAAGCCAAGUUGGAUGCUAAGAAGGGUCCAGGAAAGGCAAAGGGCAAGGGAAAAUGAAGGGGUUUUAUCAUUCUAACUACUAGGCCCAUGAAUAGUAUCUGACGAGGAAUAAACACCAAUAAACAAUGUUAAUUCACUAUAGCAAAAAAGACACUUGAUCGAAAUUUUGUUCGAUAAAAUAAUAUGCUAUUGUUGUUUCACAUUGAGUUUCAUUUAAUUUCACUUCAUGGAAGGAAUUAAUGAUUCUCUAUUUGGAAACAUUUUGUUUAAGAAUUUCAAUCUGAUGAUAUCAUAUUGUGUAUC